GAUCGCAAAAGUUUCACAUGCAUUGCCAUUGGAAAAUCAGCUGUGAUAAAAGUCGAAUCUUUCAAUAUGUCUCCGCCCAAAGGCCCUAUGAAAUGUUACUAUGAGGUCCUCAAUGUUGAAAGAGAUGCUGGAGAAGAUGAGUUUAAAAAAUCAUACCGAAAACUUGCUCUAAAAUGGCAUCCAGAUAAAAACCUAGAUAACCAAGAUGAAGCCAGUGAACAGUUUCGCCUGAUCCAGCAGGCGUAUGAUGUUUUGAUGGAUCGCCAUGAAAGGGCUUGGUAUGAUAAGCACCGAGAAGAAAUCUUAAGAGGAGGUUGCGGUUUCGGAGACAACUACCAGGACAACAGUCUGAAUAUUUUCCAGUAUUUUACAGCUGCCUGUUAUUCUGGGUAUGGCGAUGAUGAAGAUGGCUUCUACGCUACAUACAGAGAAGUCUUUAAAAAAUUGUCAGCUGAAGACUAUGAGUUCAUGGAUGAUGAGGAUUCGGACUACAACUUCCCUGAUUUCGGAGCUUCACAGAGUUCAUAUGAAGAAGUGGUCCAUGAUUUUUAUUCCUUCUGGGAAAGUUUCUGCACAUCUAAAUCGUUUGCGUGGAAAGAUGAGUUUGACACUAGAGAAGCUCCCAACAGAAGGGUUCGGAGGCUUAUGGAGGCUGAGAACAAAAAGCUACGGGAUGCAGCAAAGAAGGAAAGAAAUGCAGAAAUAAGGAAUUUAGUUGCCUUUAUAAAGAAAAGGGAUAGACGUGUUCAAGCUCAUAAAAAAAAGCUUGAAGAACGCAUUGCUGUAAUUGCCAAGCAGGAUGCAGAAAGGAAAGAAAAACAGAAAAAAGAGCGAAUAAAAAAAUAUGAAAGCUACCAGGAGACUGAGUGGUCAGCCAUGUCCCAGCUUGAAAAAGAACUACAGAACAUGGAGGCUCAUUUUGAUGAACAGUUUGGAGAUGAGGCUGUGGAAUUUGGAAGUGGUGCUUCAGAAGAGGAAGAUGAGGAGGAAGUGUACUAUGAUGACAUGUUCUGUGUCGCUUGCAAUAAAACAUUCAAAACAGAGAAAGCAUUUGCCAACCAUGAAAAUUCCAAGAAGCACAAAGAGAAUGUGGUGUUUCUGAAGACGCAGAUGGCAGCAGAGGAGGAUGACCUUGGGAAGGAUGACCUUGACCCAGACGAGGACAUGCUAGGAGACAGGCUACUGGAUGACACAGAUCUGCUUGAGGAUAUCAAAGCUUCAAAUGGUCUGGAAGCACAACCAAAAACAAAAUUAUCAAAGAAACAGAAGAAGAAGCGAAAGGAACUGCAAAAGCAGCAGCAAAAGCUCAUAGAUGAUGAACAAGAGAAUGAAUCUGAGAACGAUGGCAGUGCUGAAAAGGACCCUGCACCUGAGAUCGAGGUGAAAAAGGAUGUGCCUUCACAAUCACAGCAAAAGGACAGCAAACCACAGGCAGACAGCAACCAGCCUCAGCCAGAAAUAUCAACAGUUGCUGAAGAAACCGCAGCCAGAAGCGAGCAGCCAUCAAAGGAGAAAAACAAAAAGGCAAAAGAUGGUAAAAAGCCUGUCAAACCACAAGAAGAAGAAGAAGAAGAGACCAACCAACCUGAACAUCAUUACUGCAACACGUGUAAGAAGGAGUUCCCAACCAGAAAUAAACUCUUCGAUCACCUUAAGACAACUGGGCAUCAACUUCGAGUGCCAUCAGCAAAUGAACACCAAGGUUCAAGUAAAAAAUUAAACAAAAAGAAAGGAAAGAGAUGAUCUACGAGGGUGUGAGCUUUUUCUGUAAAAAUGUACAUUAUAAUAAACUAAAGA